AUGCGCUUCGAGGGCCCACUCGACGAGGCGCUCCUCGGCCUCCAGGACCUCUUCGAGGCGCUGCUCCUCAGGCUCAAGCACCCGGCCCCCGCGGACGACGAUGUCGCCGGCGCCGAGGGAGACACGGUCGGAUACGAGCUGGGCACCGACGACGAGGUGGAGGCCGCGGCGAGGAUGGCCAGGACGCUCGCCGGCAACGACUGCUUGGACAUCUGCCUCGAUAUCUACGUCAAUGCAAGGUACAGGAGAGCGGCCAAGGCGAUGAUGCGGCUCAACCCAGCGUACCUCAAGUCGUACACGGCAGAGGCCAUCGACGCCAUGGAGUGGGAGUCGCUGGAGUCUGCCAUGGCCCUGUGGAGCCCGCAUUUCCACGUGGCUAUCGCCUCCGUGCUCGCGGCAGAACGCCAGCUCUGCGCCCGCGUGCUGGAGCCCCUGCCGCCGGCGGUCUGGCCCGAGUGCUUCGCCAAGAUCGCCGCCCGCAUCGUCGCGGCGUUUUUCCGCUUCGCGGACGGCGUGGCUACCGCGGCGAGAGAGCCGCAGAGGCUGUUCAAGCUGCUCGACAUGCUCGAAGCGGUGGUCCGGGAGCGGGAGCGCCUCGACGAGCUCUUCUCCGGCGAGUCGGCCACGCUGGUUGCCAUCCGCGAGCGCACGCGCGAGGUGGAGCGCGCCCUGGCGCGCGCCGCGGCCGGCGUGUUCUUCGAGUUCGGCCUCCGCAUCGAGACGCAUUACGUCAACAGCGCGGGCGCCGACGUCGGGCACGUGCCAAAGAUCGUGCGGUACGCCGUGAAUUACCUGAAGUGUCUCGCGUCUGACGACUACCGCGCGCUAAUGGACAACGCGCUGCGCGCGGAGCGGGAGCGCAGCGACGAGGACGACGGGAGCGAGGGCGGCGACCGCGCGCCGCUCGCCGAGGCGGCGUCGAACGUGCUGGAGGCGCUACACCGGCACGUCGAGGCGGCGCGCCGGGUGUGCACGGACACGGUGGCGUCGCACGUCAUGGCCAUGAACGCGUACUGGUACAUAUACAUGCGCGCCCGGGGCUCGGAGCUGGCGAAGCUGAUCGGUGAGGACACCAUGAGGCGCCGGUACAAGGCAGCGGCUGAGGAGGCGGCAUGGGAGUACCAGGACGCUGCGUGGAACCCGCUCGUCCGGCUGGUCGGCGGCAGCAGCUCCGGAGCGCCCAAGAUCUGGUCACCGGACGAGGCGCGGGAGAAGGCAGCGGCGUUCGCCGACACGCUCGAGGAGCGGGUGAGGAGGCAUGGGGCCGAGUACAAGAUACCGGACGGCGACCUCCGGGAGCAGAUCAAGGCCGCAGCGGCCAAGGCGGUGCGCGGCGCGUACGCCGGAUUCUUGAAAGCCAAUGACAGGGCCGUGGCCAGCGGCCGGAGGGAGCACCUGCCGGUGGACGUCAUUGAGGGGAUGGUUCGGCGGGUGUUCGACGAAAUGGGCGAUGGCGUCACCGGCAGCAUCGGCCGAGCGAGGAGCAGCCGGAGCCGGCGGGAGUCGAGGGAGAGCGGUAAUCUAGAGGGGUUUGACGGCUAGACGAGCACCAUAGACGCUAAUGCUGUAUGAGGCCUCCAAAGAGUGUUAUGUAACCUGUCAAUCGCCACUUUAAUAUGUAUCUGAAAACUAAUAAACUCAGAAUUAAGUAAAA